AUGCCUGUCACCCGCCCUCCUUUCAUCAUUCAUUUCAUCCAAGUGGCAAGUUCCGCCUUUUUUGAAACCGCCUGCAUCCCUAUUACCACUCACGCUCUCCUAGGUAUACCUCGUUUUAAGCCUAUUAUGAUGGAUCGGAUUGACUUUGAGCUUUGUCUCGAUGUCGAUCAGCAUGAACCAGCCCCCCGCCAACCGGAUAAUGCCAACGUCACAGGGACCGAUGCGAACGACCAACAAGAACCACCGAUCAUCCGACAUCGUCGAACUCGGACAUUCAGUGAAAUUGAAGCAGACAGCACUUAUCGCUCGGGCCAUGACGCUAAUAACCCACCUAAAAGACCCAAAAUACUAGGAUUUGGAGAUGAUGUCCCCCUACAACAAGAGGAAUACAAUGGGGAGACUACGUCUGAGUAUCAACGCCCGACCAACGUAGUCAGCUCCAUUUUUCCAUAUCAUGAUGACGAUAUUUCAAUCAUGAUGAGCCCUUUCCAUACUACGAUGAGAUCACACGGUUCGGAAAACACCAGCGUCCCGAUGGCUGUUGACAACGCUCCUGGCCACGGUACCCCUUAUUCUGAGCUCGAAACCCCUCGUUCGUCUCUCUCUUCGAUGUAUCGCUCGUAUCCAACUGAAAGCAACAUGACCAUUUUUUCUUCAACGGAGACUGGCCCAUCGAACCGGUUCAUCAUUUACGAGGACACAGACGACGCCAUGGACAUUGCUACCUCGCAUAUCGAAUUCAGCCUUACCUGGCCUUCUUCAUAUGUUUCCCGCGCGGAGGACAACAAGGAGAAUUAUGAAGGGGACGAAGACGCCGAUGAUGAAGCUGAUACCCCCAAUGCGAGAGGAAUUGCUUCCACUGCCCCAGGUUCAAGUUCCGCCAUGGAUCCUGUCAGGAGCAUCCAAGACGAUGAGCAUGAACUUGAACAUAACCCCGACUAUGUUCACACUGAAGAGACCCUCAUGAACUCUUACCACAACCAGUCUUUGAGACGUCCCUGGAGCUUAGGAACAGAGGACGCAUUUCUUCUACCCGCCUCCCCACGACACUCUCAUCUUUCUGUUUCCGAUGAUUUUGAUGCAGAUGACGAGGCAGACCUGGACAUUAUCUUGACGAACAGCGGCUACGGCAGCUCUGUGAAUACUCACUACCAAGACGAGAUGGGACGCUUCUAUAGGCCCUUCCCCACCCUUGCUGACGCACCCGAAUUGUCUACUACUAUUUACUCGCCCCUGACAGAAAUCCCAUCGAUGAGUCCCAUUUGUCCCGAGGUUGUGACUCAGGGACCUCGUCGGCCCAUGAGAACUAGGGUUCGAUUUCCAGUUUUAUGA